CAGCACUUUCAUCAAAGGAAAAAACUUGGUUUGCAAGACAGUCCUCCUCGUUCUUCACGGAAUCGCGUGUGUCACGGUGUGUGUGUGAGCGCGCGUUUGACAGAUCGGUAACGCGAGGGGGGUGAUGCAAAAUGGACGACGGCCGGAAAAAGACGCAGGACUACGCUCGAGCGGAAAUCGAGAGCAGACAAAGACGGAAGCAAAACGACGACGACGACGCAGAGCGAAAGGACAAGGAACGAUUGAUGGAGUUGCUGCACAAGUACAACGAUAUUAAGGAUGCGACGCAGCGCGUGCUUGGAGCGCUGGCCGUCCACGAAGGUGUCACGGUGCGGGAAAUGCAUCGGCGGUACAACUUACCGCUGGAUUCGUAGCGAUUGGCGACGGAUUAUUUAUUUACUUUUUCAUAUAUUUAUUUUUAACAAAAAAAAAACUGUAUGUACUAUUGUGUAAAUUUACAUAUAUGAAUUAAUUCUAUUGAAAUUAAUUGGACCACUCCCUCCAUUUCGAGCCAGUACCAAUUUAAAGAAAAAUGCGGACGUAGAAUGGAUUUGUGUAGUCCAUUUUCCAAUUUAUUUUGUUUUCAGUGUAUAUUGCGCAAAUGAAAAUUACUACUUAAUUUUCAC